AUGGUUCAAUAUAUCUUCACACCCUGGCGCGACCGCCGCGAACUCCUCGCCGUUCGCCGGCAAUUUUACCCGCACCAGUACGGAAGCCAGGCAGCAUCACAACCCCAACAACUGUCACAAAGAGGAGGAGCAGGAGCAGGAGCAGGAGCCAAACGAGGACGUGCAGCACAAAAUACCCAGCGCACCACUCGAAAACGGGCAAGAACCGAUGACGCUGCCAUUUCCUCCGAAACAGAGAAGGAGGAUAACAAUGACCGACAAAACCGACAUGGAGACGAACGCCGCCUAGCCGUCGCCCGCGUCUCCAUGUGGAUGCAGCGCGGCAACUGUCCACACAUGGUCGAGUCAACUGCCCUGCUCAUGGCCGCGAUUCUUAGUGAUGAAGAGCAAACCGGCAUCGCUGGCAGCUCGGGCACUGCUAGUUCUUACGGUACUUUAGGCAGGGGCAUGGUUAAAAGGGAAAUGGAUGUGGAUGGGUUCAGUGGCAGCGGGAUUGGGGUCAUGAGUUCAAGCUAUGCGGUUAGGGCGGCUUAUUCUGCUGCUUUUAGUCGAGCAACAUUGAAAAGCUUCGUGACAGGCCUCCUGGACUCCCACCAAGAUAAACAGCGCAAGAUGUCCAUGUACGGCGUCGCCAAGAGCGUUGGAUUACCGGCGACUUUUGUCGAACUCAGACAUCAGGCUACGCAUGAGCAGUUGCCGAGUUUGACGAGGUUGAGGACCGCGGCGAAGAAGGGGCUGGAGUGGAUUUGGGAUUAUUAUUGGAAGCAUUUGCCGGAGGUUGAGGAUGAGACGAAGGAGGAGGAGGGUGGGGAUGAUGUUAUCAUGUUGGAUGAAGGUGAUGAGCAGGAUGAGAAAGAUGAGGAUGGUGAGGAUGAUGAGGACGAUGAGGGACCGGCGUGGCGGUUGUAUGAUGAGGGGUGGGUGCCUAAGCCUAUUGGUGUUGUUUAGGAGUUGAUGAUGGUUGCUAGAGGGAUAUCAC